CAGAUUUUCCAGACACCGGCAAGACUGGUCUCUUCCCCCCCGGUCAUCCGCUGGUCCCGGACGCCCUUCGGGCCCGCCCUGUCCCCGUCUCGCGCCUCGUGGAAACGACGGUAUUGCGCAACAGAGUGGCAGUUGCCAUGGGCAAUCGUCAAUGACAAUAUGCGAGGCGACAGGAGUGGACACUCGAGGCAUGCAGGUUCUAACCGCCAACCCCGCGCCAUAUAUGAUUUCAACGGAGCUCGCGGGCAAGCCCUCAUUUGGACGAUCUCAUUCUUCAAAUAGUCUUCGUUUUGAUCAGGCAUCCUCGCGCAGCACUUCGUGGACUAUUCGUCCAGUAACUGUAACCGGCGAGGCGGUCAGCAACCUGAGCGUGAGGCUGAAGGCGAUUAGCGGCUCACCCCUGACGAUCAUCGAACCGGCUCAUGGACUAGGUAUUGGAGAAUCUCUGAUAAGGCGCGUCCAUCGCAUCAUGCCUUGCAUCGUACGCAUCCUGUCCUGCGCGCUGAGUUUACCGCUCACCCCACUACAUCUCCCUGAGCGGCGACUUUCACACAGAAGAAUAACACGUACCCUGCCUGUUUUCAGACAGCUGGAGGCUGCAGGCCUGUGCUCGAACCCGCAGAGCGGUGCUGCGCAAUGCCUACCGCCCCGAUCGCUACAAAAAGGCCUCCUGGUCACGGCACGGAGCCCGUUGACUACGACGUGAGCCAGGAGCGCCAACAAGAUUUGAAAACAUUCGAGCCACGCCAACAGAGCAAAAGGAAAUGAGACACAUCGCAUCUUGUGCCAAGACUGUCUCGGAUGACCAUCAGGCUUGAUCGAAUCGGCAACACCCACCCACCGUGGCUCGACUAUUAAGACGGACGCUGUAUGGCUGAGGGUGCCGCGCCCAUUUGUACUUG